AUGAGUAAUCCUGGACGUGACCCGAGUCUGCUUUUCACAAUCGAGGACCCGAGGGUUCGUAGGGAAGCGCGUGCAGGAGAUCUCGACGCGUUUUUCGAGGAUCGCAGCGAGACGAAGAUGUUGAUGCCUGUCACAGUGGAACUGCAAAAGUCCGCUCACUGGUGGAUCCUACACGCGGAGGAUAUGAUUGGUGGUGGGGAUCGUCGUGAGGGGGGAGGUGUAGGGAAAAUGGGUAGCAAUCCUAUCAGGAAUAAGCACGGUCAGUCAAAGUUCAUUCGUAGCGGUGGAUUGGUGGCUCUGUCUCGCCGAUUUGACCCUCCAAUCUUGCCUGGCUUUGCCCUCGGGCCUCCGGUAUUUCGCGAACACCAAAGACCGAGGAAUGAUAGCGCAGGUGAUCCAGCCGAAGAGACUGGCGGCGACGCAGCUGGAUCACGAUGA